AUGCCUCAAUUAGCACCAAAACAAGAAGAUAUCAUCACAGAAUCACAAAGCAAACAGGACCACGAGCAAGUGGUGGUGAUUUCACAGAAAAAGCUAAAGAGGAGAAGAGUGUGUGUAAUGGUCACUGGGGCAGUGCUGUUGCUGCUGAUUGUGUUAGUCAUUGUGGCAAUUAUCCUUGCCUUUACCUUGUUCAAGACCAAAGACCCAAAAAUUCAGCUUGUGUCUGCCACUUUGGAGGGUAUAGCACCCCGUGUCACAUUUCCAGCCAUUGACAUACAACUCAAUGUCACUCUUGAUCUCAAGGUCCAGGUUGAGAACAGAAACCGUGCUAGUUUCAAGCAUGAAGGGGGAAAGAGCGUGUUGCUGUAUAAAGGAAAAGAGGUUGGACAGACAGAGAUAUACCCUGGUUUGAUUCCUUCAAGGGGGUCUGCAAUACUUCCAUGCAGACUCACACUUCAGGCGGAUGAACUAGCUUCCAACUUGACCAGUUUUCUUGGGGAUGUAAUGGGAGGAGAUAUCUCUAUGGACACAGUUACUCUGAUUCCUGGAAAAGUUACCUUCCUCGGAUUCAUCAAAAAACAUAUUGUAGCAAAGUCCAAUUGCCAAUUCACUGUUAGUAUUCCUGACUUCAAGAUUACAAACCAAAAUUGCAAGAAUAAGGCCAAGUUAUGA